GCAAGUUCAGAGAGGAGGCAAUUAGAAGCGUUAAUUAGAAGGAAUGGGGAUGAAGGUAGAGCAAGUUCUUCACAUGGUUGGAGGUGCUGGAGAGACCAGCUACGCCACCAACUCCAGGGUUCAAGAGAAGGCAAUAUUUGAAGCAAAGCCCAUAGUGGAGGAGGCCUUGAGAGAGGUCUAUAAGACUGCCCUGCCUGAGAGCAUGGUGGUGGCUGACUUGGGUUGCUCUUCUGGUCCUAACACAUUUCAUGUGGUUUUCGAGGCCAUCGAUAUCGUGGACGAUCAGAGCCGACAGCUGGGACGGCCCCCGCCGGAGAUCCUGUUCUUCUUGAACGAUCUCCCGGGGAAUGACUUCAACAGUAUUUUUCAGUCUUUGGAAGGAUACGAGGUGAAAUUAAAGGAAGAGAAGCAAGAGCGGAUUCCGCCGUUCUAUGUUGUGGGAGUGCCUGGCUCUUUCUAUGGGAGGCUUUUCCCCUCUCGAAGCGUUCAUUUCUUCCACUCUUCCUACUGUCUCAUGUGGCUCUCCCAGGGUAUCUUACAAAAGAAAAAGGUGGAUGCCUUCAAUUUGCCUUUUUACACACCUUCUAUGGAGGAGGUGAGGGCAGUGAUACAAAGUGUAGAAUUUUUUGAUCUCGAUCGAGUAGAAAUAUUCAAGUCGAACUGGGAUCCAUUUGAUGACUCUAGUGAUGAUCGCAUAUACGACAAUGUUAUAAGCGGAGAAAAUGUGGCAAAGUCUAUAAGAGCACUGAUAGAACCCAUGAUUGCACGUAGCUUUGGGGAGCAGAUACUUGAUGAUUUAUUCUCAAGAUAUGCAAAGAAUGUUGCAAGGCACCUCUUGGAGGAGAAGACCAAGCUUCCUGUUUUUGUCAUUGCUUUGAAGACAAAAGUGUGA